AUGGGAGAGAAGAUGGAUCUUGUGAUUGGUGGGAGAUUUAAACUUGGAAGGAAAAUUGGUAGUGGCUCUUUUGGAGAGCUUUAUCUAGGUGUAAAUGUUCAAACAGGAGAAGAAGUUGCUGUCAAGCUGGAAUCUGUGAAGACCAAGCAUCCACAACUUCAUUAUGAGUCAAAGCUGUAUAUGAUGCUUCAAGGAGGAACUGGUCUUCCAAGCCUCAAGUGGUUUGGAGUUGAAGGUGACUACAGCGUAAUGGUUAUUGACCUUCUAGGUCCUAGUCUUGAAGACUUGUUUAACUACUGCAACAGGAAGUUCACCUUGAAAACUGUUCUCAUGAUUGCCGACCAAAUUCUCAACAGGGUCGAGUUUAUGCAUAUUCGAGGUUUCCUUCACCGUGAUAUAAAGCCUGAUAAUUUUUUAAUGGGUCUCGGACGCAGAGCUAAUCAGGUGUAUAUCAUUGAUUUUGGAUUAGGGAAGAAAUACAGAGAUCUUCAGACUCACAAGCACAUUCCAUACAGAGAAAACAAAAAUCUGACUGGGACAGCUCGAUAUGCAAGUGUCAACACUCACCUUGGAGUUGAACAAAGUCGCAGGGAUGACCUGGAAUCACUCGGUUAUGUGCUUAUGUAUUUUCUCAAAGGAAGCUUACCAUGGCAGGGACUAAAAGCUGGGACAAAGAAGCAGAAAUAUGAUGUUAUAAGUGAGAAGAAAGUAUCAACUCCUAUAGAGGUGCUGUGUAGAAAUUGCCCGUCUGAAUUUGUUUCAUACUUCCAUUACUGUCGAUCUUUACGGUUUGAUGACAAGCCUGAUUACUCUUACCUCAAGAGACUUUUCCGCGACUUAUUCAUCCGAGAAGGUUAUCAAUUCGAUUACGUAUUUGACUGGACAGUCUUAAAGUAUCCUCAAAUCGGUUCCGGUUCUGGUUCUAGCUCACGUCCAAGGCAUCAAACAACCACGAAACCAGGAUUCAACACUGCUGGUCCUUCUACUAGUAGACAAGAGAGGCACGCAGGAAAGGAAACGAUGAGAGUAUCGGGUGCAGUGGAAGCCUUCUCCCGAAGACACCCAACAAACACUUCUUCGCCACGUGAUCGUUCCAGAUCAAGAAACUCUGAUGACGGACCUUUCCCUAAGCACAUACAUGGACUAGAGUCUGGAAGACCAAGCAGUUCUUCAAGACACGGAACAACUACAUCUAGAAAAGCCAUUGCUGCGUCAAGCUCACGACCAAGUUCUGCAGGCGGACCAAGCGAAAGCCGAGUUUCAAGCCGUUUGGUUUCAUCAAACAUAGUGGGUGGCAGUGGGAGUGGACGUCCAUCGAGCAGCCAGAGAGUCCAAGCUGGAUAUGAAUCAAAGACUCAGUCUUUCGCUCGUGCAACUGCUUCAAGAAACGCUAGGGAAGAUCAAUUGAGAAGCUUUGAGCUUCUCUCUCUUCGGAAGUAA